AUGGUACGGGGCGAUCGAAAUGCAGCUAGCAGUGGUGUGAACAAGAGCGAAAAAUUUGGCGACGGUCGUGACAGCAGCUCCGACGAAGACAGCGACCACAUUGGUCCCAACGAAGCCAGGAGCAAUGUUGGCAGAAACAAUGACGACGACGACGACGAAGAGUUUGGCGACUUUGCUAUGGCUGAGGUGUCGGCGAAAGAUGAUAUCGGUGGCAGAGAAAAGGUCGAAGGCAGCGGUAAUAGCGAGAACAAGGGCAGCCAGAGCGAUGCCGCUGGCAGCAGCUCCGGAAAUGGCGCCACAUCCGGCGGUCUUUAUUUGGAUAGCGACCCCGACACAGUGCUAUUCAAACCUCUAGCCGUACACCCGCCCUCCUCAAAUAAUACGACAGAAAGCAGCAGUGGUGGAAGUGGCGGAACAACCGUGAGUGGUCUGUGGCCAUUUGAACGGCUCCGCUUCUUGACGAACACAGAUGCUGAGAAAGACGAACAGGAGAGCGGCAAUGGCAAUACCAAUGCCAAUGGCAGUAGUGUCAAUGGCUAUACCGAUGCCGAUGCCAAGGGCAAGGAUGCAUCUUCGGCUGAUUAUGGAGAUGGAAUGGAGGUUUUGAGUGAGGACGGGCACAAAGUCAGCUGCGUGACGGAAGCGGCAAGAAGGACAAGCCUGGAGGGCCCAGAUGAGGAUGAGGUGGUUGUGUAG